GCGAGCUGUAACUGUCCAGCGGAGAAGUUAUCCGGAUUUCUUCCGGAUACCGUGUGUGUUGAGCGAAUUUAGGCGUGUGGAGGCAAUAUGAUGGGGGGAGGACCGCCGCCGCGCCUCGGUGCAGACGGCGACUGGGUGUGCCCGAAGGAAGGAUGUGGCAACAUUAACUUUGCCCGCCGCAUGGAGUGCAACCGAUGCUUCACACCUCGGCUUGACGCUCCCAAGAAACAGUUUGGCGACAGAUCGUUUGAGAAGAAGACUGGGCUGUUUGGACCUGGAGACUGGGCCUGUGGCAAGUGCGGCAACAUGAACUGGGAGCGUCGCAACGAGUGUAACAUUUGCAAAGCCCCCAAGUCCUCUCUAGGUCCUGAUGAAAAACGUGACGGUGCCGGUGGAGGGUUCAACGAGCGGCAAGAUCGUGUCGCGUCAGCUCGCCGUGAAGUCGCCGACGAUGGGUAUGAUGACUUUGGUCAACGACGACAAAAAGCGACCGUGAGUCAGAAAGAUCGCGAAGCUGCGGCGUUGGCGCGACUGAAGGCGAGCUACAGUGCCAUCUACACCAACGAACCAUCCGGUGGCGCCCAAUGCAGCGAUGACGACGCCACCACACGAAAACCGGCAUCUUCUCGACGGAGCCCAGACAAUACCAGUAGUCGACAUCGCAGCCCAGAAGGAAAUCGGCGUCGCGGAAGUCCCGAGUCCAGCCAUCGCCGUCGAAGUCCGGAACCGUCUCACAGACGACGCAGUCCGGAUCGGCGUGGCCGUAGCCCCGACCGACGACCGAGUCGCAGUCGUGAUAGAUAUGAUAAGCCAUCGUCGGGCCGGCGCAAUAGCCGCAGUCGGUCGAGGGACCGGCGCCGAUAGGUGCAUGAAGUGCAUGAUAAUGUUCAGGAUUUGAAUUCUACAGUUUCGAUCAUUGAAAUCCUGGUUUUAAGGA